AUGCCAGUACCCAUCAUUGGCCGUCUAAACUUUCGUGAUUACCAGGCAUUAGUAAUCGGCCUCAUUCUUCUAUUCCUCGAAGCUCUACUUCGAGUUAUCACACAUUGCCUUCCAACAUUUGCGCUAGAAUUUUUCAAAGGGCAAAGUCAAAAGGGAUAUACUGUAGAAGAGCACAUUGUUAGAACACAAGACCAUUGUAUCCUCGGAAUUCAUCGCCUUCCCGAGGGAAAAUAUUCAACUAACGAUGCUGAUUCAAAAUCCCGCAUAGAAUCUAUAUUUAACAGAUGUGGAAUCUCUCAUUCUGCCAUUCGAAAUGAACAAGCGUACUCUUCAAAAGGAAUAAAGCCAGUAGUUUUAUUAUACCAUGGACUUAUGAUGUGUAGCGAAAUUUGGAUGUGUAAUUUAGAUGAAGAGAGAAGAUUAGCUUGCUUAUACGAUGUCUGGUUAGGUAACGCUCGAGGAAAUAAAUAUUCUAUGAAACAUUCUAAAUUAAAGCCAAACUCAAGAAAAUUCUGGGACUACUCUAUGGAUGAAUUUGCCCUUUAUGAUUUACCGGAUACAAUUGAUUAUAUACUUGAGACAACCGGUGCACCCUCUCUUACAUAUAUUGGAUUUUCACAAGGAGCAGCGCAAGCUUUUGCGGCUCUUUCAAUCAAUCCAAAACUAAACAAAAAAGUUAACCUUUUUGUUGCUUUGGCUCCAGCUACUAGUCCUAAAGGCUUACAAAAUCCAAUUGUUGACGCUUUCAUCAAGGCUUCACCUAAUAUUGUAUAUCUCUUUUUUGGGCGCAAGGCUUUUCUAACUAUGACAAUGUUUUGGCAAAGAGUUCUUUCACCUCCAAUUUUCACAAAAUUACUUGAUACAUGUAUGAACUUCCUCUUUGGUUGGUCUGGAAAGAAUAUGACUGAAGAACAAAAAGCCGCAUCAUAUUACCAUUUGUAUAAUUUUACAAGUGUUAAAAGCUUAGUGCAUUGGUUUCAAAUAAUUCGCGCCAACAGCUUCCAAAUGUAUGAUGAAUUACCUCCAUAUUCAUCACCUACUGCCAUAGGUCAUUAUUGUCACAGAUUUCCCACAGAGCAGAUUCAAACGCCUAUUAGUGUAUUUUACGGAGGAAGUGACAGUUUGGUGAAGAUUGAAGUUCUUCUUAAACAACUACCUAAGCCAGUGUUUGUCAAGGAGGUGCCACCUUAUGAGCAUUUAGAUUUCAUAUGGGGAUACGAUGUACAUAAGCACGUUUUUCCAGAAUUAUUUAACCUCUUGCGCAAGUAUAAUACGUGUGAUAAUGAGACAGAUAUGAAAUUAUCCGAUCAUGAAUAUUAA